ACAAGGAAGGAAGGAGAGAGAGAGAGAGAGAGAGAGAGAAGGGACUUGUGUGAGUGGGGGUUUACUUUAUCUUUAUUUUUUUUUUAUGUUUAUUAUUCUUAUUAUUUUAAAUACAAACAUUCUUUGGAGGGAAUCAAAUAAAAAGUUCAGCUCGUCUUGUUGAAGCAGACCCGGUUCCUCUUUCUGUUCUUCUGUCACUGAGCCCGAGGGCUGCUCCAACCUGUCAGCCAUGGUGUUGAUCCUGGGCAGACGGCUAAACCGGGAGGAUUCGGCUGUCCACGAGUCUCCUGUCGUCAAGCGCAAGGUCCUGGAGAUGGACACAAAAACUCUAAGCAGCCAUGAUGUCUUUGACUUCUCCUCAGGCCCGAGUCACGCUGAGAGCAUCCUCCAGAUGUUCAACGAGUUCCGUGACGGCCGGCUCUUCACCGACGUGGUGAUCAGCGUGGAGGGUCGGGAGUUCCCGUGUCACCGUGCCGUGCUGUCCGCCUGCAGCAGCUACUUCCGUGCCAUGUUCUGUAACGACCACCGCGAGAGCCGUGCCAUGCUGGUGGAGAUCAACGGCAUCCGCGCGGAUGCCAUGGACACCUUCCUGCAGUACGUGUACACGGGUCGGGCACGCAUCACCACCGAAAACGUGCAGUUCCUAUUCGAGACGUCCAGCUUGUUCCAGAUCGGGACGCUCCGUGAUGCCUGCGCCAAGUUCCUGGAGGACCAGCUGGACCCGUGUAACUGCCUGGGCAUCCAGAGGUUCGCUGACGCCCACUCGCUCAAGCAGCUCGCUAACCGGUGCCGUAACUACGCCCUGCAGAGCUUCGCCGACGUGGCGCAGCACGAGGAGUUCCUGGACCUGCGCCGUGACGAGCUCGAGGAGUACAUCUCCAGCGACGAGGUCGUCAUUGGGAAGGAAGAGACAGUGUUCGAGGCUGUCAUGCGCUGGGUCUACCACGACAUCGAACACCGGCGCUCGGUCCUGCGUGACCUCCUGACGCACGUCCGCCUGCCGCUGCUGCACCCGAACUACUUUGUGCAGACUGUUGAAGGCGAUCAGCUGAUCCAGAACGCUCCGGAGUGCUACCAGCUGCUCCACGAGGCACGGCGAUACCACGUCCUGGGCAAUGAGAUGAUGUCACCUCGGACACGCCCACGCAGGUCCACGGGCUUCUCGGAGGUCAUCGUGGUGGUGGGCGGCUGCGAGCGAGUCGGAGGCUUCAACCUGCCGUACACCGAGUGCUACGACCCCGUCACGGGAGAGUGGAAGUCCCUGGCCAAGCUUCCUGAGUUCACCAAGUCUGAGUACGCAGUGUGUGCCCUGCGCAACGACAUCCUGGUCUCAGGAGGUCGCAUUAACAGCAGAGAUGUGUGGAUGUACAACUCACAGCUCAACAUCUGGAUCCGAGUCGCGUCUCUCAAUAAAGGACGCUGGAGACACAAAAUGGCCGUCUUACUGGGAAAGGUGUAUGCGGUGGGCGGUUACGACGGUCAGUCACGCCUCAGCAGCGUCGAGUGCUACGACUCUUUCUCCAACCGCUGGACGGAGGUGGCGCCCAUGAAGGAGGCGGUGAGUUCUCCGGCGGUGGCCGGCUGCGUCAACAAGCUCUUCGUCAUCGGAGGAGGUCCUGACGACAACACCUGCUCCGACAAGGUGCAGUGCUACGACCCGGAGUCAGACUGCUGGUUGCUAAGGGCCAACAUCCCCAUCGCCAAGCGCUGCAUCACCGCCGUGUCCCUCAACAACCUCAUCUACGUCUCGGGCGGUUUGACCAAAUCCAUCUACUGCUACGACCCCGUGGAGGACUACUGGAUGCACGUUGUUCAUACCUUCAGCAAACAGGAGAGCUGUGGGAUGUCGGUGUGUAACGGGAAGAUCUACAUCCUGGGCGGUCGCGGCGAGAGCGGCGAGGCAUCGGACACCAUCCUGUGCUACGACCCGGCCACGGGCAUCAUCACGGGUGUAGCAGCGAUGCCACGCCCCAUCUCGUACCACGGCUGUGUGACCGUCCACCGCUACAACGAGAAGUUCUACCACUCAUGACCCUAAACAUACACACUUAACUCAUUCAUCCUCCUCUCUCUCUCUCACACACACACACACACACACACACACACACACACACACACACACACACACACACACACACACACAGAGCCUUCUGCAUGGUUGAGUGAGAUCACCUGAGCCAAGGGUGUGUGUGUGUGUGUGUGUUAUUAUUUACACUGUAAACUUAUGAUCUUGUAAAAACACAGUAAAAGUCACUCACAGGAAAUUAAUCAGAGUUUUAAUAAAUAAAAUCCUCCUUCUCGAGAUUAAUUAGAAGAUUUCAAAAACAGUAAUGAAUAUUUUAUUGUAAUAAUUACUUCAUGCUGUUUUAUUCCCAGUUGGAGAACCAACAUUAGAUAUAAUCAUUUAAAUGUCAGAAAAUAUUAAAUUUCCGUGUUUUUUACGCAAAGUAACAGUAAAAUGGCCGUAUUUAAUUACAUUUUAUUUUACUGUUGUUAAUAUAUAUUUUUAUUGUAUUUAUUUCCUUCUAUAAAACUUUUAUUAGUUCCCUUCCUGUUUCUUUUACCGUAUUUUUAUUUUAUUCUUUCCCCCAGUACAUUUGACUUUGCAGGUCCCUCAAUCCAUCCUGUGACCUUUGACCUCCUUUAAUUUCUUUUAUUUUUAUUUUUUACUUUUAUUAUUUGCUUUAAUUAUUUGUAUUACAUUACUCUACCUAUUUUAUUAUGAUUGUUGUUAUUUUAUUCAGGUGUUUGUGGGUGUGAAGAUGUGAUGGUGUGUGUGUGUGUGUGUGUGUGUGUGUGUGUGUGAUGGUGUUUCCUCGACUCAACACUGUGCUCUGUGUGCUUUCAGGAAAUAAUUUAAGAAUUUUAAAGUUAUAGUGAAUUUAUUUGUACUCAGUCGUGGACUCGUCUUUAUGUUGCCGCGUGUUGAACCUCGCGGAUCUUCCUUUUCCUCUUGUUCUUCCUCUUCUUGUUCUUCUUCUUCUUUCUUGUACGUUAUUCACGUCUCGGGUCUGAUGUGAUUUCGCUCUGCAGUCUGUAGUCUCAUGGCCUCUUAUAUUCAUUUUUUUCCAUUAAAGCCCUAAAACAGCGCAUUUAAUCUGUAUUAUUUUGGUUGUAAAUAUAAAUUAAAUCCGUUUUUUACUGUAUCAGUAAAUUUUUAUAACCAACCAUUUAUUACCAUAAUUAAAAAAGAAAAAAAAGUUUUGAAGAUGUAGCAGCCACAAAUUGAAUGCAAGUGUGUGUGUGUGUGUGUGUGUUUAUCAGAAUUAAGAUUUUAGAAAAAAAUAUAAUUUUCUUUUCAACAGUAUUUUCUUUUCUUUUCUCUUUAUUUAAGCAGUUUGUAAAGUUGAGUGCGACAGUUCACCCGUAGGACAAAAUGAAAGAAAAUAGGAAUUUGCAUUAGGCAAAUUUUUUGUGUUUUUUUUUUGUCACAAUGAAAUUAUUUGUAUAAAAUAUCAAAAUCAAGUGAGUUAGAAAGUUUGUACACCCCUCCCUACUUAUUGGUGAUUAUACAGUAGAUAUCCUUAAAUUGAUUUUACACAUAAAUUUUUUUCCUUUGUAAAGUCCUCGAACAAGGCAGAAUUAUAGAGCACAAAUUAUACAGUAUAUACAUAAGCAUUUAUUUCAAUUCUUUUAUUUCUCAUGUUUUUAAUUGUUGUGUUCCAGUUCUUUGGUAAUUAUUUUGGUAAUGUAUUUGCAGAUAAACCAGAUGAUUUUCUUCAUUUAAGUGGACAAGCAUAUAUGCAAUAUCAACCAAUAGGGAUGCAAACUUUUGCACUGGACUGUUCGCCCUCAUGAACUGAUCUACAGCAUCAAAUAAAUUGUUAUAAAUCAGCUGGUGAAAACCUGAAACCUAAAGAUCCAGGACACACACGCUAAUGUUACUCGCUUUAUUAUGUAGUUUAUAUCAGAUAUAUGAGAGUGGGUUUAUUUUUUAUUUUAUUCUAUUUUUGGGGCGAGCGGUCAGUGGUGUAAGACUGUCACGCUGUGGGCCGCUUACAAAGUGCCAGAAUUAAUAAUCAUCUGGGUCGCGUGUACAUUAACUGGCCAUGAUUAAACAUCAUCUUAAAAAAAUGUAGCAAGAGAAACCCUCGACUCGUGCAGUGCAUUGUGGGAA